UUGAAAAAAGAGUGUGCACAAUUAAAACACUGCUCCCUGCCUCCGCACACACAUAUGCGUAGGACCCACUUCCUAAAGUGCAUUUUUCCAAUCUGCAGAACACAAGGGUGUACCUACUCUUUAAUUAUUCAGUAAGAUCUUACUCUACCCUCUGAUUAAUAAUAAAAAGCCUGAUACUUUGCAGUGUAUUGAUUAUACACUCUAAAUAAUUGUAAAACCAUCAAGGCGAUGCAGAUUUGCAUUGAUAAAUAAAGCAAUCAUCCCUUCAUUAAUAGUUUUGUGCUCGCUGUGUCUGCGGUUAAAGUAUAAUUUGAUUAUUUGUGUCCUUUUAUCCUGAUAACUGUUCACCUCUCCAGUACACAACAUGCAUCAUAAAGCAAGCAGCAGUGCUGUCAGACCGUCACGCUGCCUCAGUUGGUGAAAAACACAUCAUUCUAGAUGCUUCGAACUCGUAAUAGUGUGCCAUACAGCUCAGAAGUUGAUAAGAUUCACUUGACGCAGUGCAACUAUGACUGAAAUGUAGUGAUUAAUGGCGUUGAAGAAUACAGAGCCUGCACAGCAGGGAUGAUAUCCUAGGUGAUAGGUACACUAUAUGGCCAAAGGUUUGUGGACAUCUGAUCAUCACACCCAUAUGUGGUUCUUCCCCAAACUGUUGGAAGUACACAACUGUAUAAAAUGUCUUUGUAUCUUGUAGCAUUAAGAUUUCCCUUCAUUGGAACUAAGAGGCCCAAACCUGUUCCUGAAUGACAGUGCCCCUGUUCACAAACCAAGGUCCAUGAAGACAUGGUUUGCCAAGGCUGGGGUGGAUGAACUUGAGUGUCCUGCACAGAGCCGUGACCUCAACCCCACUGAGCACCUUUUACUAUGAACUGGAAAGCUGACUGCAUCCCAGACCUUCUUGUCUGACAUCAGUGCCUGACCUCACUAAUGCUCUGGUGGCUGAAUGAGCACAGAUCACCACAGCCACACUCCAAAAUCUAGUGGAAAAGCUUUCCCAGAAGAGUGGAGGGCUGAAAUGGAAUGGGAUGUUCAGCAAGCACAUAUGGGUAUGAUAGUCGGGGUGUCCACAAACUUCUAGCCACCUAGUGUAUAUUUGUCAGCAUGCUUGAGCUGAGGUAGAUGAGGGCAGCGUCAGCGGUUUUAGAAAGCUGCAACUCCAGAUAAGUAACUUUUGUAGCGUUUUUGUUUAUGGAAAGUAUUUAAUUGGACGCAAAGUUACUAUUUACCUCAUGUUGCAGGGUGGAUGAGUCAUCAAAAUCUCUUAGAUUUGUAUACUUUCUACUGUUUUUACGGAAGUAAAAGUUUUUAGGGAAGUAAAAAAUUAUAUGUAUAAAAUGAAACAAUUUCCGCGUUCUGUGUACUUCCAGAUGUCUGUGUUGUCCGUAAUGACACAAUACAUGUAAAAGACUCAUUUUGAUUGCAUGGGCUCUUUAAGGGCUCAUGUUAGGCAAUGUUAUCCAAUCAUAUUACCACAUGGUGGCACUGUUGGGGCAAAACAGUGUGGGGAGCCUGCACACUAACCAGCACUGUAAACACAUUGCACAAGUUUCCUUAUAAAUCAUGAAGCUGUCAUAUUAAAGGGUUUUGGGUGUGUAAGGUCUGAGGGAUUGCAUAGAAUGGCUACAGCUGCAGUGAGCAAAUAAGGGUCAGCUAUUUUUAAGACAUAACAUUUUGAUAAAUGGUUUAUUACAGUGGUCUUUUUCAGGCCAGCUAAUCAUAUUGGCUGACUGAAUACACAGUUUUAAAGGGGAUGCAUCAAUUUCGAGAAUUGCAGGCUUGAAGCGGUUUUAUUUCUCUUAGCCUCGUUCACCUGUAGCGUCUCAUGUUCUCAUAUUACAUGUAGAAGCAGACUUGUGAAAUGUUGAUGCUCCUGUAGUGUCCCAGCCCUGUGCUUCCUAAAUAAUUAAAGUAGUUACGAGACCAGUGAGUGGAAGGGAGGCACAGAAAGUUUGUUACUGAAGAGGUAAAAGUUUAUUUUUGUUUGAACCAGGGAAUGAUCUAAUAAUGUGUAAAUAUUAGUGUAUGUCCCACAGGCUUAAGUGCUUUGUAGGUUUUGCUAUUCUACAGAAGAUUUGAGAUUUGAUUUAUACUUUAUUUUGCCAUCUAUUCAUUAGCAGAGAAGCCAUGGGUUGUGAGCAGGAACAGCUAGAGUGAAUAGUGGCAGUUUCAUGUACAUUUUUAAGUUUCAUCACAGGAAGCUGUGGUCGCCCAUCUUCCUUUUCGCACGCACUGCAGCACAGUUGAGUGUAUAAGCGGUUGCAUUAGUGUGUUUUUGUGCGGUGGAGUGUGCUGUAUUUUGCUGCUUUGACGGUUGCUUGCUGCUUUGGUGGCUCGUGUGUCAUUCGUCUUGUGCCACGUGCCACCUGUUGCGAGUGGAACAGCCGCAACCGGGUUUGUAAAGGAGCAUUGUGUUGAAGACCACUGAAAACAACAGAAACUCUUGUAUAUGCUCUAUAGAGUUUCUAGUGAGAAAUCAUGGAGACAGAGCCGGGUAUCGUGUCUCCGUUUAAGCGUGUGUUUCUGAAGGGGGAGAAAGGGAGAGAUAAGAAAGCUCAGGAGAAGUGCACUGAACGACGGGCUCUUCACACUUUUUCACUGUCUGUCCCCGACCACCGGAUUGACCCAGACAUCUUGCUCAACGAUUACAUCGAGAAAGAGGUUAAGUAUCUGGGGCAGCUGAGCUCAGUCCCAGGUUACCUUAAUCCCUCCAGCCGCACUGAGGUCUUGCAGCUCAUUGACAAUGCCAGGAAGUCUCACCAGCUGGCAGGUCAGCUGACAUCGGAGCAAGAUGCCGUGGUCAGCCUGUCCGCGUACAACAUCAAGCUGGUGUGGCGUGACGGAGAGGACAUCAUCCUGAGAGUACCUAUCCAUGACAUUGCUGCCGUUUCCUACAUUCGAGAUGACUCCCUACACCUGGUGAUUUUGAAAACAGCUCAAGAGCCCGGAGGCUCGCCUUGUCCCAGCACAUGUCCGGAGCUGUCGAAGUCACCUACUCUGAGCUCUUUGUCUGAGAGUGGAGCUGUGGACGUCUGCUGCCUGCUCGUGCUGGCCGUCGAGAACAAGGCAGCAGCAGAGGAGCUCUGUCUGCUCCUCAGUCAGGUCUUCCAGAUAGUCUACACAGAAUCUACUAUCGACUUCCUGGACAGGACCAUCGACUUCCUUGAUGGAGCUACAACGCCCACUCGGCAUCUCUCCCUCUACAGCGAUGACUCAUCAAGCAAGGAUGUUAAAGAGCCAUUUGAAGGAGGCCCAGGCAAUUUCUUGUUUCAGGGCUCAUUAGAGGCAGCAGGACAUUCUCCGUGUUCAUCACCAUCAUCCACACCAGCAUCACCACAGGACAAAACAGCCAGCGAGAGUGAACUAAGCACAACAGCAGCAGAACUUCUCCAGGACUACAUGACCACGUUGAGAACAAAAUUGUCCUCUCAGGAGAUUCAGCAGUUUGCCACACACUUGCAUGAGUACAGAAACGGUGCCUCCAUCCACGAGUUCUGUAUCAACCUGAGACAGCUCUAUGGAGACAGCAGGAAGUUCCUCCUACUCGGCCUUAGGCCCUUCAUCCCAGAGAAGGACAGUCAGCACUUUGAGAACUUCCUGGAAACCAUUGGCGUGAAGGAUGGCCGUGGCAUCAUCACUGACAGCUUCGGCCGCUACAGACGUACAGCCAGUUCAGCUUCUGACUCGACCACCAAUGGCAACGGGGCAGCAGGAGGAUCAGAUGAAGGAACGGUGUCCUCUGAGGGUGAUGAGUGGGACCGCAUGAUCUCAGACAUCAGCAAUGACAUUGAGGCGUUAGGGUGCAGUAUGGACCAGGAUGGUGUGUCACCCUGACAGCAAAACUUUCACAGUGUGCUUUAGCCAAUCACCACUUGAUAUACUGACUGUUACAUAGUUCACUGGUCCAAGUCACUUUGUCAAAUGAUGCUGGAAUGUCAAUAUUAUGCCACCUCAGUUUAAUCAUGGCUUUUAUGUAUUGUUGUGACCACAUUACAGUCAUUCAACUGGAUGAUGGUGCUUUUUGAGACACUUGAAGUGCACGUGGACCUUCUGUAACUGUGCAUGGCACAGAUAAUGCUUGACUGUUUAUUGGCAGUAUCUGCUAUCGGUAAUGAGACAGUGGCUUUUUAGGCUGAUCUGAGACCAGCAUUUAGGUUUCUUUUAUGAAGGCGUUAGGAUAAUAGCAGGAUUUGAAACACCAUUUUAAUUAUUGAGUGUUAACAUUUAAGAUUCAUGCAAAGAUUUGCAAUACCAUUGGAGUCAAGUGGUGAUACUGUGACUGAUGAGACACGAAAUGAAGUGGAAUAGCUCUAUUUUUAUGAAGCACAUUAAAAUGAUUCAUAUUAGUCUGUGGAUUCUGAGGUAAGUCAUAUGCCUAGAUUUCACUGGAAAAUCAAGGCAGUCGUUCGGGUACCUUCAGUAUCAAAUGCAGAUUCUUGAAAAGAUGGUUCUGUCUUCACAGCAUGAGCAAGGGAUUUUGGGGAGUGGGCUGGUGCUGAUGCAACAACUAGAACAUAAAAGGCAUUAUAAAAGAUCAGGGUUUCCAGGGAGGUGUUUUGACUUGCCCAUAUUAGCAGCAUUUUGACCCCAAAAAUUCUAAUUUUUGCUAGGUAUAUUGUGAGAUUAGUAAAUUGGGUGUCUGCCUGAAGUCAUAAGUCAAGCCAAGGGGUGUUCUCCGAUUCAGUUUGGGUUUCAUUUAGCAGUUGUGUGGAUCAGUGGUUUCUUGUGUCUUGUCACCUAUGAAGUGCAGCACAGUUUUUCUUUCCCAGUUUAGCUUAACUUCCAAUCCAUCAAGUGUUUUUAUUUCUCUCAUUGUAUUAACUGUUUGAUGUGUUAUUCUAAUUUUUAUUGCAUAACAUUUAAACACAUUUUACUAUUACAUUUUUACAACUAGUGCUGGUUGUAAUUACCCCAUGAUUGUUUAUUUGCAACGCACCAGGUAGAGAACGUAGCGCUAUAUAUUUGUUGGUUUGGGCUGACAUCUUGGAGUAUUUAGAUAUUUGACAAAGCCAGUUAGCUGGCUGAUGGUUUUCAGUGUUUUGUUACACUGCAGAGCAAAUAUGUCUUGUUAUAUGUUGUAGCCUUCUAUGAGUUUUUGGUAGCUUGACAUUGUGCCUUGCAGAACAACUGCUUAUUAUAUCAUCCAACAGGGAUGUAAGAAUCAUUCUGUAAUCUGUACAGACUGUGACCAAGGAGUUGUAUUAAAUAUUAUGUUUAGUAUU